GACGUGCACGGCAUCGUUCGUCAGCGCAUGAUCGGCAUCCGACAGCCCGGCAGGCAGUACCUCGGCCGCUUUCAUCGGAGUAAGACGUACCGCCGCUCAUAACACAACCCUUAGGGAGGGCUAAAUAAUGACUGAACUCACCCCUGGGAGCGCGCGAGACAAUCGUAAAAAUAAGUGAACUCGACAAACUAUGGCCGGUUUAGUUACAAACGAAUUAUCAUCCAAGAAAUUAUAGUGCACCUUAAAACGGACAUUUGUAGGACUAAAUAUAUUUGCACCUGGUGAAAAAAAAAAACAACUCAAAAUGAGACAGGACAGCGACGCAUCAGCUCUCGCUGAGAGAGUUGCCGCUUUCAAGAGCGAUCCGGAGAAACUUCGUCAGGCGACAGAAUUUGUUGAUCAACUUAUUCAACAAGCUAAGAAAGAGGCGGAACUUAAACAAAAAGAGAAAGACAGAAGUAAAUUCGAAUUACAAGACCCAGCUGCUGGCAAUUUGAAGCGGCGAUUGGGACGAGCUCGCGGUUUCGUCCUGCGCAUGUUCGACGCGCUUUGCAACUGUACGCAAACGGCCGCAGCCGCCGCCGCUCGCAGCACCGCCCGAAACAACCCUUUCACCAAGCGUUAACCCGAUCACAACUCACUUUCGAGAGCACGUAGUAAUUGAUGUCCUUUGAAAGAGCGUUCAGGUCGUCUUGCGGAGUUCUUUCAUCUUUAUUUUGUUAAAGGAGCUUUGAUGUAAUAUGAAUGUUAUUAAAGAACCUUCUUGACUUCGAAGUAAAUGUUUUCUGUGAGGAUCUUAGACUUUGAUUACUUCUUAUUUAUUUGUAGAUGUAUUCAUUAAUCACAAUAUGACGUAAGGCUGUAUUAUUAAUGUAUAAAACAUAUCUGUGAGCACGUUAUACAGAUUUUCUCAAGACCAAAGAUCUAUGCAAGCUAUAUAAAAUCGAACUUCUUAGUGUACUUCGUUUUUUCGUUAGAAUGUUAGUCUUCCUAAGGGAUUACUUAUCAUUACGUCACAUAUGGAAAGGCAAUUGUUCCAGAGACCGUGACGACGCUGCAAUCAAUAUGAAAUAUCGUGAUGUAGCGUCAUUUGCAAACACAGAAUUGAUAGAAGUGCUUAUAGGAUAACAUCAGUAAGUUGGAAAUUCGAAUUAUACACAUAGUGUGACGUAGUUAUGAAUAAUACCUGAUUAGUGUCCCUAAAACGGUGUAACAUGGUGUUAUGUGAUCGGUGUUGAUGACGCUUAUAGUAAUAAGUGUGUAUUUAAUAAUACAUUUUAGAUUAGAAAAUCUGAAGGUGUACCUCAUCAUUUAUAAAGGUCACCUGGCUGCAUAUUCAAGCUUAUUUUGCAAGUUUCUACCGACGCGACGCAACGGCGGCGUAAGCCGUCAAACAAUUUUUGUUCCAUUUUAAAAUUUAUCAGAUUGUUUCAUUAAAAACAUUUGUAAUAAUUUUUCGUGCCGCCAUUUUAAUAGGCUUAGUCAUAUUUCUUUCGUAGAUUUCCGAAGCUUUAAUCAGUAAUUAAUGCAGUUAAACCACAUAUAUUAAAUAAUAACGAUCUAUGUCCAAUAUAUGGCUGAUUUUAUAAAAAAAUAUUCUCAGACUUUUUGAUGGCAAUUGUAUUACUUUUUUAACUUUUUCUAUAACAAAUAGAAUACGAAUAGAAUUUUAUAAUAAAGGUAAUCUUUAUUUCCAUUAUCUCAAACUACAGCACAAAGAGUAAACAAAAGCUCAAACAUAUUUGUAAUCAGUUGCUUUUUAAUAACUUUUUGUGUCUUUUUUUUACUUUAUAAGUAUUUAUUAUGAUGAGAUAAUUAAAUAUCCCGUAGAAUUUAAAUAAAACAAGGCAUUUAUUCACUUAUUCGAAUAAAUCUUAAUAAUCUAUUAUAUAUUUAACACAGGAAUUGUAAUAACAGUAAGUGAAUAAGUACCUUUGUAAAUCGUAAGUCAUUUGUGUAGGGCUGGAAAAGAUUGAGAGAGAAUUUAUGAAAUAUAUCUUCUAUGAAUUGAUGGAAAAAAUGGUAAAGACGUAGUUUAUGUAUAAAAGAAAAAUAUUUUUAAUUAUGAAUUCUGUAGGUGUUCGAUGGAUAUGGUAUUUAAUAUUAUAAAAUGUUUUAAUAUAAAUGUUCAAUGUGAUAUCCUGCCUGUAACCUUUACUUCCGGUGUGAAUCUACUGAAUACUUCUUCUAAAUAUAAAAAUGGUUUUAUAAACUUUA